AUGGAAAGUAUACGACUGGAUCGUCUCGCCAAAUACGCCAGCACAAUUCGACAAAGCAUCCCGCACAGCAACCCCGAAAGUUUCAGGGUAAUCGAAAUCAAGCCCCCAAUAUUCGGCUCCUACCAUGUCCUUUACCCGGUGAAAUUCCACGACGAAAUUCUCUGGCUACUCAAAGUUCCUGUAAAUGGGAGCCGAGAAAAAUUCACAGCCUCGGAUGCUAGAGCUCUACGCUCAGAAGCACUGACGAUGCGCUUACUGCGUCGCGAAACUACUAUCCCAGUCCCAGAUAUUCAUGCCUUUAGCGACACAUGUGACAAUGAGCUCAACUGUCCGUUCAUCCUUAUUGACCAUGUGGAGGGAGUCUCGCUGUACAAAGUCUGGUUCGAUAACGCUUCGCCGAAAGAAAUUGUACAGGCACGACGCACGCGAUGCCUACGAGACCUCGCGGCUGCUAUGGCUCAGCUGGACAUAUUCUCGUUCAGCACAGGGGGUUCAAUGAUUCUCGAUGACCAGGGUGUCCCCUCGGGCAUCGGUCCCUUACGACUAGUAGAUACCGCAACCAUGCGAGAACGGUUAAGAGCUGGCGAUCCAGACCAAUCGACAGUCUACUUGGAGAUGGGACCCUUCUCCAAUACAAAAGAAUAUUACACAGCGCUGCUGGAUCGUCGAAGACCGCCAGACACGACUUUCGAAAAGGGUGUGCUUGGCCUUCUCCGAUUGUUCAUUGACUGGAUACCAGAGCCAAGUGAUGAACGCGGCGCGUUCGUUCUGGCCCAUCCUGAUUUUGAUGUUCAGAACGUCUUGGUUUCACAAGACGGGGCAUUGCAGGCCGUCAUAGAUUGGGAUGGGGUGGGGGCUGUGCCACGAAGUGUAGGGAAUGAACGAUACCCGGGCUGGUUGACGCGAGAUUGGGAUCCGGCAACGUAUUGCUGGACCGAGGAUAUCGAGCGGCGUGCUGAACCCCUAGGUCUCUGGGAGGAUUCACCCGAUACGUUGAGAUUCUAUCGAUCUUUAUAUACUGGGUUUAUCCAGUCUCACCGGUUAUAUCGUGAUCUGGCAUGCGCUAACCUAACUACAAGAUCACUCAUUCUCAGGAAUCUACUAAACGCUGCGAAUGAUCCGUAUGGUACAGUAGAUAUCGUGCAGAAGGUCUUUGAUACAAUCGUUAAGCUUGCCCAGGAGGGUGUGUCAACUCGGUCAAAUGCGUCUGGUGACAGCAAAGAGUGCGAAGAGGAAGUAUUAAUGAUUGAUGAUUGUGACCUUGCGGACUUCGACUUUUAUGAUGUUUCAUGCGCACUGGCUGAGAAAAGACUGAGCGAAUACCAUAGAAGAUGCUUGAAGUUCGGGUAUGAUAUCCUUUUAUCAGGAAGUAAUACAAUAUAA